UAGUAGACGUUCAGGGGAACCAUGACAGUCUGCACAGUUGCAUGCUUGGAAUUCUAGCUACCGACUUCUGCUUGCCAGGAGCUCGUUGUUUAGGAAACCGCGGAGUUGGAAGUCGAGAUGGCUGUCAGAGUGAACCGACAGCUCAACGUGAAUACCGGCAGAUAAUCUUUUUUUUUAACGGAGACAGCGGACCGCUCGAGAUAUUUCCCCCAACGACAGCAACGACAGCCCAGGGUUGCCAAACAACAAGCAUCAUUCAGUGUCAGCCAGAGGUAGCAGCUGGAGCUCUCAGGCGCCUCGUCCCUGCUCCUCUGGAGCCCGUCAACGUCUGCUUCAAUCUCAAGGUAGCUUCUCGGACAACCCGCUGAGGUAGCCAACAAUGCCUGCGGACCCCCUGCCUGAAUGCCCAGCCUACAUUUAUGAUUUGGUGUUAGACGUCUUGCAACCAAAGCACCUCUCCAAAAAGCUCUGACUGCCGGUGUCUGUGGGCAGCAGCUUCCUUCUGUUUCGACUUCCUGGCCUCGGCUGUUGCUCAACACUUUUUCAUCUCCUCUUAGGAGGGGCACGAUGCCUUGAGCAGUUAGAGAAAUGUCUUCAGCUGUAUGGGUAUAAUGCAUGCAUGAGUUCUGCUGGAGUUCACUUGAGAAAGGCACUGAAUCCGUACCAGCUCUAGGAAUGCUUUGCAGGGGGCUUUGACCUCUCUGUAGAAGACAGUAGAAAAACGAAUCUCCCCGCAGGAAUCAACUAAUAAUUAUCAUUCUACUUAUAAUUUUAUUGGUAUAUCUGCACCCAAGAAAAGACCCUCAGCCUCAGACCGGGUCUCUUCAGCUCCUCUUUCCUUUGCCGCCCCUGUACCAUGCUGGGUACACUCAUGCGGAGGAACAUGUCCCAAAAGCUGAGUGUGCUGCUGCUGGUGUUUGGCCUGGCGUGGGGACUUAUGCUGCUGCGCUACACCGUGCAGCAGCCUCGCCAUCAAAGCAGUGCCGAGCUACGUGAGCAGAUCCUGGAGCUCAGCCGGCGAUACGUCAAGGUCCUGACAGAGGAGAACCAGAACUCACCAGGUGGGCCACAGGGAACCUCCAUGGCAGGUUAUGCUGAUCUGAAGAGGACUAUCGCUGUGCUACUGGAUGACAUUCUGACGCGGCUGGUCAAACUGGAGGGGAAAAUCGAGUUGGUGGUCAAUGCCUCCUCCACUAACACCUCCCACACAGCAGGGGGCGUCCUUGCCUCUGCUUCCGUCGCCCUACAAAAAUCCUUAAAGCAUGAGAUAGCUGGCAGCCACCCAGGGACGUCACGCCUUCACCCGCACAUCCGUAAACGGUCUCGGCCGCAUCAAGGAGUGUAUGUGUGAUAGAUGGAUUGAUUCUUUUUUUUCUUGUUUAGCACAUUACACUUUCCCAGCAUUUAUCACUGAUGUAACAACAUCAGACAAAUGAAAAGCAAUAGGGAGACAUAUGGACAUCCAGAAACUUCAAAUUCGGGAUGCUUCUCAGAAAUUUUCAGCCGACUCAGAGGGAAGAAAGACUUCUUUAUGCUCUGUCCUAUCAUAUGCUGAUAUUUAUUUAUUUUUUACCAAGACUAUCCAGCACAUUUUUUUAUAUUUGCAUUGCUGAUUUUAUUUGGCUUAGAUUUUAGCAUUUGUUUUAUAAAGCCACAUUUGAAUCUUACGACUGUUUGAGCAAAUGCAGAGACCUAUAAAUACUCUUGGAACCGAA